AUGAAUCCCACAACUACUAUAGGCAAUAUCAAUUCAGAUUUAUAUUCAAAGUAUUAUUUUUACGGAUGGGGACGUUUUCGAUAUAGUGGAAUUUUAAGCGAAUCUUUAUUUGCAUAUAUUAUUCUAUGUAUAUGUCUAUUCACUCAAAAUUUUUCGGUGAAUGGUGCUAACAAUGCUGUUAUUUCAACAGUUGAACGUGUUUUCUAUUUGAAUAGUGUAGAAUCAGGUCUUUUCUUGGCAUUAUACGAUUUAGCAACAGUUUUUUCUGCACCAUUAGUUGGUUAUUUAGGCAGUUUAUACUCAUCACCAAUAUUUUUCUCGUUAAAUAUGAUUAUUAUUGCAAUCGGAAAUGUAUUAAUAGCGUCAAGUAAUUUUAUAGAUCGAAAUAAUAAAGUUAACUUGAAUUGGAAUAAUACACAAAAUCCAUUUACAUCAAAUAAUGUUCUGUUUCAAUGUUAUAAUGAGUCAGUACGCACUAGAGAAAACACAACAGAUUCAAUAUGUUUAAAAGAAGAUUAUUUAUCAAUUGCAGAGAAAAAUGCAAAAUUUCUUUUAUAUGCAGGUAACUUUAUUAAUGGUAUUGGCAGUGUUGCUCUAUUCACUAUCGGAGUUUAUUUUGCUGUUGGUACUGUUGGCGGUGCACUUGGUAUUGUUGCAACUGGCAGAUUUCUUUUACUCUAUACAAAAUUCACGUCUCGAAGACAGAUUCCAUCUUGGUUAACAAGUAGUCAUCCACUUUGGAUUGGAUGUUGGUGGUUACCUUACUUUAUAUACGGUUCAUUAUGUUGUCUUAUGAGUCUCGUUGUAUCUGGUCUACCAAAUUAUGGCAUACCAGGGAAACUAGAUUCGGUUCGUAACAGUACUACAGAAAUUUCAGCAGUUGCAUCUGCUCAGCAACAAUCUAUCCGUGAACAAGAAAACGAUUCCAAGGAUAAUACGAUGGUUAUGACAUGUCUAAAGAAACCUGAAAUAGAAAAGAUCUUGCGUGAGUCAUUUACAGAUUUAGAAACGAAAAAUCCAUCUCGAUUAGUAUCAUCAUCACCAGGAGAAAAUAAUACUAGAAAUGGAAUUAUGAAUCAUGGAUUUUCGACUGGCACUCUUUAUAAUCAGUUACCAAUUACUGAUUCCGUAACAUCAAUGAGAAGACAUUCAAAUGAAAGACCUACGCAACAAGAAACAAACGAUGCAAGUUUGAGAAGCAUGUGUUGUGAAAUUUGGAAACUUCUGAAAAAUAUACGAUGCAUUUUUAUUAUUAUUGCUAAUCUAUUCGAAGGUAUCCUAUUAAAAGGUUUUGUACCAUUCAUUACGAAAUACUUCGAAUAUCAACAUCAAUUGGACACAUCUACAGCUACAUUAAUAACUGGUGCAAUUGCUUUACUUACUGUGAUUAUCGGUUGUCCAGCAGGUGCCUAUUUUGAUGAAUAA